AGUUCCUCCUUUGCCAAAGCAGUUUUGACAUCUUGCUAAAAAUAACAUCCACAAACAAGAAAAUACUAAAUUCCCUUUUAUCUUCGUGACAAGAAGUAGUUGCAGCUGUCCUAGCUUUUCAUCUUGCCGCUCAGUCGAAUCAACACAACAUACUUCGUCGCCUAUCCAAAAAAAAAGAUUCCGACUAAGGACGCUUGAAUACAUUUAUCCUCAAAAAUCUUAUUGCCUAUACAACUGGUGUCGACGCUGCCUGUACAAGAACAUUUCAUUCAAGAAUUCGUAUAUCGAGUGACAAAGUAGCAGCACACCAACAACAUCACCAUGGGCUUUUUCGGGUCGCUGAAUUUUGCAAGCCCACUGUUUCUGCUUGAAAUGGUGGGCCUUUUGCUCAUCGCAGCCCUCUGUUUUCUCUACGUGUGGCUGAAAGAGCGGAAGUUGGGACGACGGACCACGCCUGAUCCAGGUUCUUCUUAUUUCGGCGCCGGGAACAAGACCGAAAAUGUUCUUCACAGCAAGCAAAACUCGAAUGUCGCGAAGCUCCGACAGGCGGAGAGCGAGAAACACUGCGUGUACUACCAGGUGGCGACGAAACGCGACUACUUUGGGACGGUGCUUUUCUCCCUCGUGCUCGUCCUCCUCUACUUCGUCAUGGUGGUUUUCCCCAUCUUCUACGCGUUCGGCCUCGGCGUGUUCACGAACCAGCCGGGCCCCUUCGCUAUGACGGUGUGGGAGCCGUUUUUGCCCGACGGCACGGACAUCAACACCCCGGGCUACAAGUUCUUUCUCUGGUACGCCAACGUCUUUGCCGGGGUGGACUACUGCCCCGAUCCCAUCGUUGCUCUGAACGUCAAGGACGCCGCUACCGGAGUGAUCUCCAACCCCUUCAGCUGGGCCCUGACGCACGGCGUGUGCCUCGAGGGAAACAUGACCGGAAAAACGGACGGCGCGAUCCCCGCCUUUUUCUUCGUGAUGUUCUUCAUCCAGUGGGUCGGCGUGGGCAUCGCCUUCUUCCUCUUCUCGCCCCUCUACACAAAAUUCAAGUACGGACUCUGCUUCCAACGGAUGACGACUGCUCUUUCGACUGAAGGUGGUAGUACUUCUGAACAAGACGAAAACGAACAAAGCUCCCCCUUCGCGACCUGUCCUUUCAUCGCCGUCUACCGCGUGGACGGGGCGACGGUGGCGGCCAAGAAGGAGCAAAACAAGAAACUUCGGGACAAGACGAUGACGUUUGAGGGAACUGAAUCGGAAAAAAAUGAUCAUGAUAUGACUCUCUCGUCGUCCACCGAAAACAUUAUCGUCCCCGAGAUCGACGGGCAACUGGUAGUGAUCGAGAAAGUGAAAGACCACGCAUUCCGUUAUCCUGUGGAAAAACAUCCCCACCCCAGAGUUGUCAUGCAAAUCAGCAUGGUGAAAAUGUAAAUGUCUCUCAUGCGGAGCCCCAUGAGAAGCAAUUUCUAGUCGUAUCGCGGAAUUUGUCAUGCUCGAAUCAGCAUGAUAUGCUAGAUCUGUGAUGCUGCUUAACUAGCUAAACAGGACUACACUACGGGGCCCAACUUGUCAUGCGCAGCAGCCAAAGCUUGUCGAUUUGUCUUGCAGAUUUCCCAACUUGACUAUGAGCUGGGGACGUUUUUACAAAUGAUAUCCGUGACCUUUCGGAGAAGACCGUGGAGAAGCUGGAGAAAGUGCCGAACUUGAAGGAUUUGCUGGAACCGGAGGGGAAGUUUUACCACCCGACCUGCAAACUUGCCUUACGGUCCAUCAUAUCAAAUGCAAAAAUGUCUGGGUCUGGAAGAAUGCAACUUGUGAUGCUGCAUUUGGAUUCCAAAAAAAUUUGUAUUGCAUGAGUACGCAAAGGGAGUGCAAUUUAAAUUUUUGCUAGGCGGAUAGGGCAUUUGUCAUGCGAAAUAGGCAUCAAGAACCCCUCGAAAAAUCUGUGAUGCUACGGCAGGCAUCACAGACAUCAUGGCUCAUGCAAAACGUGCAUGACAAGUCUCAGAAUCUCCCAGACCCCGACAUUUUUGCAUUUCAUACAUCAUCGUUUUGUCCACGCAGUACUGGUACUGCCAGAACUCCGACAGCUUCGACGAGCCGCAGACGGAGACGUUUGAGCGGCUGCGGAAGGAGAAGAAGCUCAACGCGGAUUUGAUCUCCCAAAUCGCCGCCACGGAGACCAAGGAUAUUACAAUGAAAAAUGCCCCCACCCCCGAACUUGGAGGGAGCAUUUGUAUUGCAAACCUUUCCAAAUGAAACAUUCGCCCUCUUGCAUCUAUCGGCAUCACAGAUUUCCGACCGCGAAUAGCAAAAAUUUGUAUUGCAAAAGACCCCAGCAAGAGCAGCGCUUGUCAUGCAAGCGAUGCGAUACACGCCGAGACUCUGCAUCAGAAAGAAGAUUCAUAGUCCUUUCAUGCAUGACAAAAAGUUUUCAUUUGGAAACUUCGCAUCACAAAUUUUUGCAACUUUGGGGGUGGGGGCAUUUUUCACUGCGAUAAAGGAGGAUGCUUGCUCUUCCACCAUCCUCCGGGAGUACUUCGGCGAGAACAAGAUGUACAUCGAGUUCCCGGGGUUCUUACGCAUUGCAAAUUAUAUGUCUGGGUCUGGAAAGAACUUGUGAUGCAAGGAAGGGAAUAGAAGUGGGCUCACUAUGAUGCGCUGCCAAGCAUGACAGGUUUUUUUCAUGCUUCUGAGUUGCGUAUUCCGCAUGAGAAACUGCGUUGUUGCAUGUUGACAGGGAGGAAGAGCUCUAGUACUUGUUUGCGGCCAUGCAAUACAGAGUUCAGAGUCGUGCCAGACUAGCACGGCAAAUGUGUCGCAAGCUUCCAGACCCAGCCAUAUUUGCGUUUGAUAGUUCUGGAAGUUUUUCUUCCGCAUGUUCUUCGCCAAGCAGGUGGUCAUCAUGCUGACCAUGCUGGGGGUGUUCUUCGUGUCCGGCCAGGGGAACUACCCGAUCGUGAUGAUCGUCAUUCUGGUCUGGCAAUUCGCGUUGGCGGCCUGGCAGGAGGCGAAGUACAGCAAAGAACUGGAAAAGCUGGUCCACAGCAACCGAAACUCCCAAUACUUCGAGCGGGCGACCGUGGUCGGGAAGGACAACCAAUUGGUCCCGUACGAAGGGUUGGCGGAGGAGUUGUGCGGGACGUACCAGGUUUUGUCCAGCAAACUGAUUUAUCAAAUGAUAAAAAUGUCUGGGUCUGGAAAAAUAAUGCGAGAGUUGUCAUGCAUGUCUGACAUGACUGCUCAAGAAUCUGUGAUGCAUGGGCACGACGCGCCGGCCCUCUUACCUGUCAUGCAAAAACGCAGUUUGCCAUGCGGAACACGCAACUACACAUAGGCGCCUUAAAAUUUGUCAUGCUUGGCUCGGUAUUGCAGUGCAAACUCUCAUUCUCAUUCACUUUUAGCAUUACAAGUUUCCAGACCCAGACAUUUUUGCAUUCUAUAUGAUUCUCGGCGACAUCGUCAUUCUCGACAACAGCUUCCGGAACCAGACUCUACCGGCGGAUUUCGUUCUCCUCACCGGGUCUGCCGCGACGGACGAAUCCUCUCUGACGGGUGAGAACGUGCCGGUGCAGAAAUUCGCCAUCAACAGCGACGAGUUGGACAGCGCUAUUUCGACCAACGCGAAGAAAAGGCAUGUUUUGUAUUCCGGGUCGAUUUUGCUGGAAACGACCGCGGCGGUGGAGGAGGACAGCACCGGGAACCUGCACUUGAACCGCGUGUUCGCCAUGGUGGUCGGGACCGGGACGGAGACCAGGAAGGGGGGCUUGCUGCAGACCAUGUUCCAGCAACCGAAAUACGUCUCGGUGUUCGACAAAAACGCGAACAAAAUGCUUCUGCUCCAAGUGAUCGGCGCGGCGUUUGUGGUGGUCAUUUUCGUCAAGGAUAUCUUCACGCCGUUUGAGCUGUUGUUGAUGCUCGUCACGUUUCUCCGCAUGGGCUCGCCGUUGGGUGCCUCGGGUACCGCGCAGGCGGCGAAGACCGCGGCGGGGAGGUUGAGAGCCGGUUUGUACAAGAUCCGCACCAUAGAGCCGAUGCGGUUCAUCGACGCGAGCCAGAUCCAGGUCAUAUGCAUUGCAAAUAUGUCUGGGUCUGGAAACUUGUGAUGCAAGAAGUGGAUGAUAGCCGGACAACUGCAAUACGCAGCCCAGCAUGACAAAUUUUUGAGCUCCUAUGUGUUGCGUAUUCCGCAUGAGAAAAUGCGUUUUUGCAUGACGGAUAGGCGGGGCUUUUCGUGCCUAUGCAACACAGAUUCUCGAAUCAUGCCAGACAAGCAUGACAAACGCUCCACUCUUCCAGACCCCGACACUUUUGCAGUUCAUAGGUCAUGUGCUUCGACAAAACCGGAACUCUCACCGAAGAAGCGCAGCGGUUCGACUGCUUGGAAACGGUGGAUGGGCGGGAAAUCGAGUUGAAGAAGGAACAAGGUACAACCACUAGUACACCUGUAGUUCAUCUUGAGCAGCCUCUGGAAGAGAAAGACUUCUCGAAAGAUUUGCUGACUCUGUCGCUGAUCACGUGCAACACGGCGGCCAAAGUGAACAACAAAAUCGUCGGGAACGCGGUGGAGUGCGAGAUGCUGCGGGUGGCGGAUGAGGUCUUCUCCGCAGAUUUCUCGCCGAAUAACUCCACCGGGUUGGAGUAUUUCGUGAAAGACAAAACGGCCUACGGCGCGGACAGCCACAAGCUCUUUGCCACGGUGGUGAAGCAGUUUGAAUUCGACCAGCAGUUGCAGCUGCAGUCCGUGGUCGUGAAAUUGAACAACGGGGACUACUACGUGUUGACGAAAGGAUCGCCGCGGAAAGUGAUCGCGCGGACCAGUGAGGCGACGUCUCCCGCUGGGGAGGAAAAGAAGCACCAGUUCGAGCAGCGCGCCCAGGAUUUAGCAAGGCAGGGCCGGUACUUGCUGGCCGUCGCCGGGCGGAAAGUGGAUCCGGCACUGUAUGACCUGCUCAAACGUUACAAUCUCAAACGUUACAAUAGAAUCUGAAACUUGUCUUGCAUGAUCAACAUGACAGACUCGGACAGCAUUCCAUGUUCUGCAAUACAAAUUUCGCCAGAUUGUAGUGCGGAUUGGGACUCCACAACUUGUCAUGCGUAAUCCUGUGGGAAUAGGGUAGAUCAUGCACUUCUUGCAACACAAGGUCCAGACUCUAUUGUAACGUCUGAGAUUGUAACAGUUGAGCAGGUUAUACGCUGGUCGCGAAGAUUUUGCUGGACAAAAAGCAGGAAACCACGGGCGGCCAACCAGAAGAAGGAGCAGAUGAUGUUCUUGAAACCCCGGGUUCUAACGUAUUACUCCCCCGUGCGAGCAGCUCCAUUUCGAAACUCGGACGCACCAACACCACCGUUUCGAAUAAUGAGAAGCAGGUGGUCUCUGCCGCCACGAACGCGCGGCAUUUGUUGGAGAAAGACCUGAAUCUUUUGGGUAUGAUCCGGUUCUGCAACGACUUGAAAUCCGAUUCGGCGGAUAUGCAUCGCAAAUAUGUCGGGGUCUGGAAGGAUGUGAAGUUGUGAUGCGCAUUUCACAACACACAGAAAUCUCUCAUGCAUAGGCAGCAAAAGAUGCUCACUUCUUGUCACCAAAGUGGAGGAUUUGUCAUGCGGAUUAGGCAUUGCAGAACCUUCUCGAAAUCUGUGAUGCUAGGGCCGCUUCCAUGCCAGAGCCAGACCUUCUGUGUCAUGCAAAAACAGCAUGACAUCUUCCAGACCCAGACAUUUUUACAUGUGAUAGCGGACUGUUUGAAGCAGUUCAAACACGCGGCGAUCUUGACGCAGAUCGUGACCGGGGACAACAUUUGGUCGGGAAGCAGCAUCGCGCUGCAGUCCGGUGUCGUCCCGUUUGAGGAGCAGGAGAACAGCAGCUUGUGCUUGCUUGCCGUGGAUUUGGACAAAAAGAAGAAAGACAAUACUAAUACCUCCCUAAUCGUCCACAACCUAUCCGACAAAACCCUCCCCUGGUUUCAAUUGACUGGGGAAGAGAUUUUACAGCAGUAUUUAGCCGCAAUCGACCCUGUGGAAACCAACGACCCGCUGGGGACAGAGAAGAACUGGCUCGGACUGCGGAAGAAGAAGCCUUCCAACGGGAAAGCCGUAACUUUGGUCGAUAAAAACAAGAACUCCAAAAUCGUCGGCGAAAAGGUCUCGGUCCGGUUCGUGUUAACGCAAGACGCUUUCCACUUCUUACGGGCGGGGAACACGACGUCGAGCACUGGUGACGAGGAGAAGAAGACUAUGCUGAAGAAGAUCUUCCCGCGCACAGUUGUUUUUGGUUCCAUGACGCCCGAUGGGAAAACGGAUAUCAUCCAGUACUGGAAAAAUGAGUUCCACUACCAAACUGGCAUGUGCGGGGACGGCGGGAACGAUAGUGCUGCGUUGCGGAUCAGUGACAUGGGUGUUAGCUUAUCGAACGCGGAAGACAUCGAGACUCAGAUGUUGAACGAUGCAGAGCCUGAAAUGAACCAUCAAAACGUCGAAACCACGUCGACCAGCCAAUCCUCGCAGAACAAUAAAUCGGAAAUCACGUUCCUCGCCCCCUUUGCGGCAGACACGACUUCCAUCCGCGCCUGUAUCAACGUUUUGAAGGAAGCGCGGACGGUGGCGGAAAACGGGCUGGCCAUUUACCAGUGGGUGUUCGUCUACGCGUUCAUCAUCAGCUUUGUUCGGAACUACCUGUUGCUGCAACGCUACAGCUACUUCAGUGAGUUCUUCGGCACCUCUCUCGAUCUGGUCUCCGUCCCACUGGCCGUCUACGUUUUGGCAAGGGCGCGGGCGCCGGAAGACCAAGUGAGGAAAAAUAGUAGUGCUGGGUCAUCUUCUGUCGCUACUACUCCGAGGGAAGUCGAGUACGCCAAGAUCAAAAGCCUGCAGUCCGCAAAAUCCGAAGCGAAAUUGCAGUCGUACCGGGCGGAAGAUCACGUUGUGGUGGACCAGCACGAAAAUAAUGAUAUUCGCGCCGAUGUUGCGGCCGGCGGAGGCAGCGGACAUAAUUCUGACCGCCAGCCGUUGUUGGCUCCCGCGGAUAGGUACGACAGCAGAAAUGACGAAUACAGCAGCAGCAUCAAACCUGACAACGACCUUGAAGACCCGGAGUACGAAAAGGAACAAAAACACGCUCAGAGCAAGAAAACGCAAAAAGCCGCGAACCAAACGGAGCUGUUCCCGGACUCCCCCAAUCUGUCCCCGUUUGCCGGCGUCCGCGUCUGGGUGAUCGGGAUCAUUCUCCCGCUGGCGCUCCUCUGGUUCGUCGGCUUUAUGGUCUUGUUCAUGCAGCUGAUCGCUCCCAGCUACGACCUCGCCAGCGACACCUGGUUCCGCCAGCCGGUGGACUGGUACGGCACCUACCUCCUGGCCCAGGUGAAGCACAACGAGCCGGGGCAAUCGGUCGUCGGUGGGGCGGCCUUCGCGACGGCGUACUUCUUGACCGCACUGGCGAUCCUCUACCUGGGCAGCGGGACCAAGUUUCGGUCGCAUAAAAUCUGGAAACUGGCCUCUUUGUGGGUUUCGUUUGGUGUCUUUUUCCUCCCGAUCAUGGUCCUUCCCAUGGUACUCUCCAACAACUGGCUCAGCUGCACGAUGCGCAUGAACUGCGACAAUCGGACCAGCUGGAACGUGGGGGGUGGCAGUGCGAAGUCGGGGAAUAGCUUGUUGGACGGCUUCAUGCAGUUCACCAGCUUCCGCGUCAUGGGCUGGUUCGAUUUUGACGUGACCAGCGCUGCAGUCUGGAUGUACGAACCGGGUUGGACCGAGAUUCACGAAGUGAACAAGACGCCUGCCAGUUCUCUCCUCCCCGGGGCCUUCCCGUUGGACCCAGAAGGGGACACGAGUCAGCGCUUGAACACCAUCACGCGUAACUAUCAAACCGGCGCGGAUUACCUGGAGUCGACCAGUGGGGGCGACGUGAAGGAUAUGUUGAAACAGUACGGUAUGGUCGAGAAUACACCCGUGCCAGAGCACUACUACAAUUGGCACUUGGCCAAACAACCGGAUGUGUUUACUCCGGGCGAAAAAGUUUACGAUCCGGAGCAGAGUCUUCUGUUUUGGAAGCCGGUACUGGAUGCGUUGAAAACGAGUGAUUUGGACUUCUUCGCCCCCGCCGGAAAACUAGCGAUCUCCGCUGCGAACGAUCGGCAACAGACGCUGUUGCGCGGAACCUAUCUCCUCAGUCCCGCGAUGUUGACGCAAAUGUUUCAGUACGGAAUCAUGGGGAAUAAUUCUCCAUCUUCGCAAGAAGAUUUCCCAACGGGGGCGGCUGCAAAACAGUGGCUGCAGGACGCGUUGGACAAGUUGCAGGAAAAGGCGAAAGCUUCUCCGAGUGUCGAAAAGGUCUCCGUCCUGUUCGCCACGCAACUGUUGUCGCAUGAGGCGUACUGGAAGAUGAUUGAUUACGUGAAGACCUUGCCGCCUGGCACUGUUGUUCCGGGGCCCACGACAAGUAGCCCUCCUGCAGUCACUAUUCCUUCGAACCCGACGGACAUGAACGACUUCAUGGCGAAAGUGUACGAACUUGACCACUUCCCUCUCCCGCUCAACCUCCCGGACGCCCCGCCUGCGCUCAUCGCCGCGCAGCUGGACACACCACCCCGAGACAUGAGCGACCCGCGGAACCUCAUGGCGCAGAGUAUCAGCAAGUUGGCCAUCAAGGGGCAGUAUGCAUUGCAAAAGUAUCGUACUAGUAUAAAUCGCAAUACAAAUUGCCUCAGCAUUAGAAAUGGAAUUUGUAAUGCUGUUUUACCUUAGGAGGAGAUUUGUUAUCUCCUUCCUAAGGUAAAACAGCACCCAGCUUUAGGUCGUCGUCGGUAUUGGUUUCCCCGUUUCGGAUCCAGUGUUGGGGCUAAGCGAGGUCUGACUCACAAUCUUUCAUCUGCCAGGGUGUUAGAUUAGUGAAGUUCCUGUGAAAAAUCGUACGGCGGGUGUGGUUUUAAAGUUCCUGCUGUAUAACACCAUUAACGACAAACAAACAAACAAACAAAGAGAUUUGUUAUGCAUAUUUGCAAGUGCUACGAGUACGAUACUUUUGCACAGGAUAGGCAGCUGGACGACGCGCCGAGCCUGUGGGUGGUACAGCAGCUGCUGGAAAAGAACAUGUACAGCGGAAUUCUUGGAAACUGCAAGUCUCAAUUGCUGGAACUACCGACGGACAAAAACAACUCAAGGUUCACCUACGGAAUCAAGGUAAGUAAGUAAGUACUUACGAUGAACAAAAAAAUGUCGGAAAAAUUAUACGUUUUCCAAAACAUUUUUAUGUUGAUUUUCGAAACCAAUGAGUGUCUUUGAUGUCAGGCAAAGUUUUUGCAAUUUUGUUUUCCAGCAUUUCGAUUUGGAUUUCGCGGAAGCGCGACCCUGUUUAUGGGAAAAAUACAAUGGACUGUGUUGUGGAUCAACAUCAAUUUCUAGUGUCGUGAUGUAAAAAUCGCUGCCAUGAUUUAUUUCCAAAUUUUUUUCUCUUAUCACAGACCGUCUGCGACGACGUUGUCCAGAAGCCAAAGCAGCCCGCGGAGGUGACCCAGAACUGGGACUUCGCUUGUCAGCAACUGUGCCAAAACACGUGGCGCCUGAACGGCAGUUUAUCCGACAGUCCUUUCCACUGCUACUGGAACGCGACAGAGUUCAACAGUACCCCCGUGCCGGCCCCGGCGACCCGAAAACACACCUGCUACCUCUUCCACCGCACCGAUCGGGCGCGGGGCGAUAGCAGCCUGCUUCCCGACGCCGCACCCGAGGCCGGCCGCAACGCGAUCGGUCCGGAUUACGAUCUGUUCGUGCAGACCGUGGGCCGCGAGAAGGGGAAACCGGACCAGGGAAAGAACUCCGUUUUGCUGAAACUCGUGCCGGAUCACUUCGCCGUCACACCGGAAUUGUACGCGCCCCGGUUGCGACUCUUCUACCUGAAUCGGCACACGGUGCUCGGCUGGGACGCGGUCACGACCGAAACGCAAAAUUACAUCCACAUCUUCUACCCGGGGCAACGGUCGGGGAAUGUGGUGUUUCUGGGCUUUUUCGGGCUGAUGUUUCUGCUCGGAGCGGUGUUGCUCCUCAUCCGGGUGCUGAGCAACGUGAUAGAGUUUCAUCAAUUGAGGCGGCGACCGGUGUAAAAACCUGCAACAGUAGGUAAUGUUGCAGCUAAUCCGAGGGGAGAAGGAGAACUAGGAUAUUUUGAGUUUAUGUGCACCUGCUCCUGCACCUUUCUUGUUAUACUUAUUUCGUGUGAGAGUAAGCGGACUCACUUUUACUCGACGAAAGGUAAUAAAAGCUGCGCUCUACUGCUACGCUCUACAACGACUACGACUUACGGUAAUGGGAAAUAAAACAAACGCCUGUUCGCAGUCUACAUGCGAAGAGAGAAUGUAAUCUAGAAUCUACUGUGGAGCUCUUGACGAUGUAUGUUAUAGCAGAGGAACUGAAUUUUACCACUAAGAACAUAUCACUCCCUACGGGAAAACCAGUAAAAAUUCUUGUUGCAGUGGCGCCAGCACUAUAGGGACUAGUCUGCUGCAGCGGAAUUCAUUCGGAGGGUUUUUUCGUUUUUGGAAAAACAAAAAGCCAACCAUAACACCUUCCAUAUCUUUUCAGCGGGCUGCGGCUCUACUUUUCUUGAAACAAAAGUACAAGGCUUGCACCGCUUUGUAGACAAGUCACGAGGUACGUGCGUACUGUUCCAACUUAGGAACGUUUUGAUUUAUCUGCAUAGUGGUAGUAGACAAGGAAAGCAUGUUGUCGUCAAAAUUUCUGAAAACCGCAUAGCUCUCGACAUGAAAGAAAAAAACGAGUAUGUCGACUGAACAGCAAGAACCCGUCGAGAGGACGUACUGUAAGUACUCACUCUGAAACUAAAGCGAAAACCCAGUGAACAGUUUACGGUAUGCUGAUCAUCAUGAAGUACCAACAAACCCAUAUGCACCAUUUUUAAGACCAAAUAAUAUCGUACUGUGCAUGAGAGGAAACAAAUGAAAUGCAGAGCAGUUGUUGUAGUUUACUUAGUACCAUUUCCUUGGUUUCUUUUUCGUCUCCAAGUAGACGAGAGAAAUUAAUGAAACCGGUCUCGUAGAAAACCAAUACAACUGACGCAUCAUAGUACGCAUUUGAGUGAAAAUGUUUUUAACUUUAGCAACACAAGUAAGGACUUUGUCGGAGAAAUCGAAACGCAUUCCGCCCUUUGAAGUUCUUCUCCCAAAAACAUUCCUCUACUAAAAUGCAUAGAGUAGAAAAGAUGACGCGUAGAUAAACAGCUACGUACUACUGGAGAACGCAUAGCAACUACGCAGCUUUGCGGCGCAUAAGUACUUAGUGAUUAUCAAGUCUUUUCUACUUCGAUUGAUCCCAUAAUAAAUUGUCACUACCCAUACCCAUAGAGGCAUACAGCGAUUGCCGCACAGUAAAUUGACUACGGUAGAUUGUACACAAAAAUCACCACGCGAACACAUCAGCCAGCGUCUGCGAUCAUGCUCAAUUGAGGAGGGCGCUCUUUCCAAAGAUACAGAUAGAUAAAGCAACUCUUCUUCCAGCUGAGCUUCUGUAUCUGCUGCAGCCUAAUAUGCGAAUUCCUAAAACUAGCAUGUCCAGAGAUUCAUAUCAGCUGUAAUACAGCAGAGGACUAGCUAUUUGUAUCGCGUAACAGCGAUACAGUGUAGUGGUACUAAAUUUUUCAAAACUACCGUGGUGUCCGUGCAAUUCCUUUCGAUUUUUUUUCGUAAGGCCGCAAUCCAAAAACCGCACUCGAUUUGUCUCCCGAUUUUUUUUCCUGUCCCCGAGCCCCUCAAUCUUGAGAACAAGAAAACGGACCACGAUGACAUGCCGUCGAUAGAAGAACGACGACCAGACCAAGUUGUAACGGUGAUUGUGUUGAAAAGAAGUAGGGGACACCUCCAACGCCGUUGAACUGAGUUGAGCGUUUCUUAUUCGUUUUUUCUUUUGGGGGUGCUCCUCCUAUUGACAACGAACAGUGAGUCACCAACAGGUUUUGGUUAUGGUUUUCUCAUGUAGUUGAGGACACGGAAGAACUGAGCAGCGCCGUCUUAAGAGGGUGUAAUUUCUUAUGAUGAGAGCAACACUGCUGGUGGGACCGAUGCAGCUCAUGCCUCGAUGCC